GCAAAGACGAUGGUGAAACGUCAUCACGUCGCUGCUCCUCCGUCGGGUUUUUGUGGGAAAACGAACCUGUUGACAUGUUUUGAGAGGUUUCUGCAGGCCGGUGUUUCGUUUCCACAUAAAAACUGUGUUUAAAUAAUUCAGGUAAAUGUUACAGACAACAGCGGAGGGAGAAGCUUUGAUUUACACUCAUGUUUUACGCAUUUUGGAGCUUUAUUUAGUCGCUGCUAAAGCUAAGGAAACGCUAAAAAAGAAAAGCUAACAGAGAAGACUAACUUUAAGCCUGCAGACACAAACGUGUCUAUGGAUCCUAUGGAGUCCAAGGGGGCUGAGUCUCAGCCAUCCACCGUGGGGCCGGUUGAGGUGGUGAACUCUAUUCGGGAGCGAACAAUCACAGAGAACAGCAUGGUGAUCCUCCUGCAGGGCCUUCAGGGAGAGGUGACCACAGUGGACCUGAGGAACGAGAGCACAGCCCGUGGACGCGUGGUCAACGUAGAUGCCUUCAUGAACAUACGCCUAGAGGACGUGUUGUACCGGGACCGGCGGGGUCAGCUCACACAGCUGCAGGACCUAUUCAUCACUGGCAGGAACAUCCGCUAUGUCCACAUCCCCGACCAUAUGGACAUAAUGAAGACCAUAGAGAGCCAGCUGGCCAAGAUUCACCGCGUACGCAACUUCGGCAGUGAAGGCGGAGGCAGGAAAGAGUUUGCCAAGAAAACAAAAUGACUUUUUUUUUUUUUUAAAUUUGGAAAAGACGCUGCUUGUGUAAGGUUCAGAGAUUAGAGGACAAACACCAGUCUAGACCAGUAGUUUACAUCUUGAGGGCCCACAAAGUGACUCCAGGGAGAAGAACAGGGAGAGAGAUCUCAGGUACAGUAAGACAUAGUUACAGUCCUCCUUUUCGUUGUAAAAUACUGGAAACUGUCUUUAGUGCUAUAAAAACUGAACUGCUUCGAACCUGGGAUGAAAGACCACAAUCUGGGUUUGAUUUCUUGUAAGGAUCACAAACUCGAAAGGCUGGAGUAUUUGGAGGCUGAUAUCAGUAAAUUGUUUAAAUGUUUAAAAAUAAAACUCCACAGACUGAUUUUUUUCCUACGUAAACACUGUAACAAUUCUUUUUAAUACAUUGCGGAUUAUUUCUUGGAUUAAUUGAUGCAUUUUCCUUGAAUCAACUCAAAGAAGCUCUUUGUUAUGUCUUUUUUUAUCUCAACCAAACUAUUUUGGGGGAUUUUUAAAUGAGACAUGAUGAAAAUGGUAAAAAAAACAAAAAAAACAAACAUCAAAUCCAUCUGAAAAUAAAGUGAAAUCUUUUUGAAUAUAAUUAUAACAACUAAGGUAUAGAUCCUCUUUUGCACAAAGGGUUUAACUUAAAUGACGCCACAGCUUCUCUCAUAUUUUGCUGACUUAGAAACAGUGAAGAGCACUGUUUCUGCAUUCUCUAUGCUUAUUCUCUUAAGCAUAGAGAAUACCAUAAAGCAGUCACUUUUUGUGCCUUUUAAGGUGCACCUCCUCAUAUUUGUACUAAAUAGCAAAAAUACAGAAUAUCAUACAUUUCUCCUAAUUUUUAUAGUAUUUUCUACACCUCAUUUGCAGAAUCUGGACACCUACAUUUUUUGGUGUGUUCCCACUUUAUUGUGACACUUUCCUGCAGCCUAACAACAAUCUUCCUGUCUCUGGUUCUGAGCGUAGACUGUAUAUAGAAGGUGGAUGUAGCUAUUAUAACACCAGUGAGAUACAGCUGCCUGUGACACACCUGUCAAUGCAAGCAGCCAUGCUUUUAACUCACUAGACAGAUCAGCUAAAACAAAGGUCACUUCCACACUGUUGUUAUAAAGGAGGAAAUUUAAACAUGGGGGUGUUAUGAGAUUUGACUCGCUUUUGGAGCAACUAGAGGCUCCAUUUUUCCACUGCCG